AUGGAGGAACACAACGAUGGAAACGCGCAUGCGGAGGUCGCACCCGACAAUGUGGUCACGAACCAGGAAAGAGUAUCCGCGGCUCCGCCGGCCUCUGAUUGUAAUCUUACAGAGAUAGAGGAGCUAGACGCUCAGAUCGGUGCAACUGCUGGCGAUGAUUCAAACAUUGUAGUCGCGCCGGGGAAUAGACCAGGAAACGCGCAAACAGACGACCUUUUGAAGCCAAUCGAUGCGAAUGCGAAGGCGGAAAGUGCUGCCAAGGCCGGACCGUCAGAUGGCGAAGCUCUCCGCGAAGACAUAACCACUUCAGUUCAAGUCAACGGCACACCCUCGAGAGGAAACGGUACACCAGCGCGUGGAGGUCGUGGAGGAAGUCAUGCAAGUAUUGCAGGGACUGGAGGCACGGAUGCGAUGAUGAUUGAUACCGGACUUGCCAUGGCGCAAAGCACACCAGUAACUGCCCGAGGACGAGGUCGCGGCAGAGGCGGUGGCCGACCCAGAGGGAAAGGGCGCGGUGGAGGCCGUGGUGGGAAGCGAAAGCGGGAUGAGGACGAUGAUGGUGCCUCAGACUCCAGCGACGAGAUCACACCCAUUGCCACAAUGACAAAGUCAGGUCGUUCAAUACAGAAACCAACCAGUUUUGUCCCGCCUCCGCCAUCUCCCACGACGAACAAGAGAAGACGACACUACACGAACCGAAAGAAUCCAGAAUCCGCAGUCUGCAAAGUCUGCUUGCGUGGUACUAGUCCUGCCAGCAACCAGGUUGUUUUCUGCGAUGGAUGCAAUGCGCCAUAUCAUCAGUGGUGCCAUAAGCCGCCGAUACCAAGCGCAGUCACUGAAGAUGUCGACAAGGAAUGGUUUUGCGCCGAGUGUGAGAGUGAGAGGGUGGUUCCUGUUCCUCAAGCAGAGGUUGCCAGCUUUGUGAGCGGAGAAGGUAUCCCAGCUGAAGAGCGUCAACAGUACUUCUCACGGCUGCCUCCGGGUAUGCUCGUAACACUGCUCACCAAAGCCACGACGAUGAAACCUGACUUGCCUCUAUUCGCUCCGGAGUUCAAGACGAAGCAGCAAGCAAAUGCCGCUGGUACGAAUGGUACGAAUGGACACACUUCGACAUCGAAAGCAGCUUUCGCGCCACCUUCACAACCACACCUAGGCUCUGUCCGUCCAUCAAUACCAGCCGCGCAUCCUGACGACGACAAUUACGGUCCAGAUACUCAUCCGCCAAACUACCCUACCCCAGGCCAAGGACUGAUGAGUACGCUUCCUCCAGAAACAGAAGAUUUGCAGUACCUGGUUGAAGACGAAGACAAGCACGGCGUGUUCACACAUGUCUAUAGGACCGACAUAGCCGCAGCGAUGAGCCAGAGUACUGGUCCCGGCUCUGGUACUCCAUGA